AUGCCUCCUGUCCUUCGCAGCAAGGGCGGAGCUUCCAUCAAAGCUACGGAUGACGGAAAGGUUUCAGACCAUCAUCCAACGUAUGAUGAAGGAUAUUUCUCCAGAGACAUCCUUCUCGUGUACGAGACGAUCGUAGGUAAACCAGGUCUUUUAGUUUUCAGCAACCAUCCGUACAUCACCAUUCGUGUGGGAACUAGCCUUGCUGUCUUCCAUAUCAACGCCGAGAAAUGGAAUAACAAAUCUGAUUACGGCAAAGAUCUUUGUUCUAGAAUGUCCGCGGUCGGGAAAUUUGGGUGUAGAAAUUAUAGAGUAGACCUCCCCCAAGAAGACGAAUCAAUCUUCUCGUACUACAUCGAGUACAUCAACACUGGUUCUUACCGCACCAACCUGGGCACCUUCCGUGCAACAUUCUACAGCCAACUCAAGCUCUACGAUGUCGCCCUUAGAUAUGGAACCGCUGACCUUGCUGAAAUGGUGCUCAGAAUUAUCUCUGAUAUGCUCAUUGAGUCCCAUCCCGAGCAAAUUACAAGAAUUUGCUUUUGGUCCUUGGUUGUCAGCAUCGUUUGGGAUGUGACCAAAGCUGGAGACCCACUGAGAGACAUAAUCUCAGGCUUUCCUACGUGGUAUAGCAAAUUUGGGAAAGGAAGGGACUAUACCAUUCACUCUAGUACCGUUCAACAUGCCCUUUUCAAGCUAAAAAUCCUCCCAUCUGCCAACCCAUUUUACCAGAUUGCCUUUACAAUAUUCAAAGACAAUCCGGAUUACCUUAACGAAAAACUUGAUCCGUAUCUUGGCGCGACUCGUCCAGUGAGUCUUAGACUCACACAAUCGUGGAGAGAUAUAAUUGAUGAUCAGACUUUUGAGCACUGGCUCAAUCAUUGGAAGGGUGCGCUGAAGUCAAGGUUUAUCCAAAUGGAACUGGAUAUGGAAAAACAUCGAGAUAUCUUUUACGAUAGCCCGAGUUCUAUCAAAAUGGUGGACAAUGAGGAUAGGGUUUUGUCUUUGAUAGAAAACAAGGAGAAGAAAGUCAAUAAGGGGGGUAAAAGAAGAAAAGAGAAUGAAACAAAGAUUAAAAGCUCAAAAAAGCGGAGCUUGGGCAUGAUCGACCAAACGGGAUCCCAGGAAACCUCCAACGUCAAGAAGCUCCUGUACCCUCCAAAGUUUCUAGGUGAGGCUAUCGUGAUUAAGGAAGAAGAGGUUGCUGGAGCUGAGAGAAAUACGAUCAAUGAUGUAUCCUCAGAUCUUAAGGGUUGUCGUGGUAAAGAUACCCAAAUGACCUUGGAAAACAAUAACACACAGGUGGGGAAAGUCGUUAUGUGCACGCCCAUUUCACUUGAAAGUAGUCAAAACAGUGUUCAUGCCAUAAAACCACGAACCAACCGUUUUGAAAUUCCUCCCGAAUUUGGUUUUGAUGGGACAUCUGAUAUGAUAACGAAUCAAGGUCAACCAUUCGCCCAAAAUCUGAAAUAUCUCGGCAUGGCCCAGUAUAUUCCUCCAUUCAAUGACGGACACGAAAUUAAAACAAACACCUACCCCUAUACUCAAGAUAACUGUGUGGCUCAAAUACACCCAUGGCUGGCUACUCCAGGGUCUGGGCCAUCUUCUACCAGAAUUGGCGUAACCGAGCUUUCAUUGAUCCCUCCUAAUAUCCCAUGGAGACAAUUUGACACAAGAUCCUCGGGCGACUAUAGUCUUUCAGGAAAUUACCAGGGUCCGGUAUAUAGAUAUGGGAUGAGAAUGGUACCCCCCGAAGACAAUAUACUCGAGGAUAACGUCCGCUACGAAGGAUUGGAUAGUGAAGAAUGGCAAAAUAGAAAUCAACCAAUGUGCGAAGGCCAAUACGGAACUGCCUGGGUUGAUUACCUGGAGCAAAAAGCAGAAACGAUCGGGAAGAAGAUUCUAGAUAUGGAUACGGUGAAUGAUGGUUUUCACGGACUUCCAGUCUUUGAUAAGUACGGACAGAUCUUAAUCUGGAAUUGUGAAAAGGGCGUCUACGAGAAAUAUGUUAGAAAUAUGCCAGAUAAUUUCCAGUAUGACCACGGGUGGUACCCACAAGAGAACUUCUACCUUCCAUGUAACAAACCGUGGCCAACAAGCGAGGAAUGGGCCACAAGGCUGCUACUGCCUGAUACUUCAGUUUCGACGGUUCAUGAAAAAAUGGGUCCCUUGGCAUCACCAAACUUCACAGAAUAUGGGCGUUACCACCAAGUUACCAGGGAGCUUGGGGGAAACACACAUUGGGCGGCUCGCAAGCCCCGUGGUUCUCUCAAUGAACCCGGGUCGUUUGCAAACAAUGGAAUAUUGCCCUCGUACCUUCGUUACGAUAUCCCAUUACCAGAUGGCAUGAACUACGGAUACCCAUCUAUGUGGGACACACCUCCGGCUCCGGCAACUAGACCUUCGAGGACUUGGAAUGAAGGGAUGAGGUCUGUAGGUUUAUAG